AUCCCAAUCAGGACUCUCACUUUUACAGCGAUGGACGUCAAAGUUUAUACUGUCAACGGGGCAGUAGCAGGCUCAUCGUCCUCAAUUCCAGACUGGCUCAUCAAAAAACGAGCAGCAAAAAAGCGGGUUUCAAAAGAACACGUCCAAGGCUCUAUCGAGCUCAUUCAAGGAUUCGAAUUCCCCGAAGCCAGCAAUAAAAUAAAAACGACAAGAGACGGACAUCAUGCAAUAGCUACUGGCACUUACAAACCUCAAACAAGAGUCUGGGAUCUAGACGACCUCAAUCUAAAAUUCGAGAGACAUUCAGAUGCAGAGAAUGUUGAUUUCAUAAUUUUAUCAGAUGAUUGGACAAAGAUUAUGCACUUGCAGAAUGAUCGUACAAUCGAGCUUCACACCCAAGGAGGGUUUCAUUAUAGGACUCGCAUACCACGCUUCGGUCGGUCGUUGGCGUAUCACUUUCCAUCAUGCACCGCGCUCUUCUCAGCUUCAGGAAACGAGAUAUAUCGUCUCAAUCUCGAACAAGGGCGUUUCCUCAAUCCACUAGUGCUCCAAGACGACAACAUCCAAGGCGUCAACUGCAUAGACAUCAAUCCCGCACAUAACCUCCUCGCAUUCGGCAUCGAUGGAAACGGCACAGUUCAAUUCUGGGAUCUUCGGUCUAGAUCAUCCGUCGGUGUGCUUCGGGUACCGACCAGCCGACUGCUACGUCCCACAGCGCGGAGUACGAUGCCAGGUGUCGACGACACUGACGCACUCAGUAUAGGCAUCACAGCCAUUUCUUCCCGAUCAGACGGUCUAUCAUACGCAGUCGGAACUUCAACAGGACACACCCUCCUAUACGACAUACGAUCCACCCGACCCUUUGCACUAAAAGACCAAGGCUACGGCCUCCCAAUACGUAAUCUGGCAUGGAUAGAAGGCAGUAGGCUCGCAGGGGACGGCAUGGUAUUGAGUGCAGAUAAAAAAGUCGUCAAGAUAUGGGAUCGUAAUUCCCCCUCAUCCAACUUUGUAUCCAUAACACCCGCAAACGACCUCAACCACAUCCACCACGUCCCAGGCAGCGGCCUCUUCCUAACCGCCAACGAAGGAAUCCAAAUGGCCACCUAUUACGUCCCCGCACUCGGUCCUGCACCGCGCUGGGCUAGUUUCCUGGAGAAUAUCACGGAGGAGAUGGAAGAUUCUACGACGAGGAGCGCAUAUGAGGAUUUCAAGUUUGUGGAGAGGAGUGAGCUUAAGACACUCGGCCUCGACCACCUAAUAGGAACCCCCGCUCUCAAACCCUAUAUGCACGGCUACUUCCUCUCCCUCCACCUCUACGACACCGCACGCGUCAUCGCUAACCCCUUCGCAUAUGCUGAGCAUCGCGAGAAACUCGUCAAGGCACGGAUGGAGAAGUUGGCUGAGACGAGGAUACGUGCCAAGAAAGGCGGGGCUGGUACUGGGGUUGGUGGUGAGGAAGUCAAGGUUAAUAAAGCGUUGGCGGAGAGGAUUGAGAGGGGGGCUGAGAAGGAGAGGAAGAAAGAGGAGAGGAAGAAGAAGAGGGGUACGAAGGGUGGGGAUGGGGAGGAGGAGGCCAUGGAUGUUGAUGUCGAUGUCGAAGUCGAUGCUGAUGAAGCAGACCAGACACAACCCGACAAACCAACCCUCCUCAACGACCCUCGUUUCAAAGACUUGUUCCUGAACCCCGAAUUUGCAGUUGACGAGACGACGAGGGAGUAUGCGCUUUUGCAUCCUUCGGCUUCGGGCUCGGGCUCUAAGCAGAAGGUGAGAGGGAAGACUGCUGUAGAGGAGGAGGAAGAGGAGAGUGAGAAGGCUUCGAGUGACGGGAUGGGUGAGAGUGAGAGCGAGGGUGAGGGUGAAGAGGAGGGUGAUAGUGAUGAUAGCAGCGAUGCUGGUGAACUGAACAAAUUCGACCCCCGUGCACGCCCAGGCCAAAAGAACGAACGCGCACAGCAAGCAUACACACGUACGCGCCAAAACAACAGACGUUCCAACGCCAACCCCUCCAACGUCAAUUUCGUCCCUCUCGUUCCACACACGGAAACUAGCACGAGCGCGCGGAAGAUGGGUGAUAAGACUGCUACAUUUGGACAGCGGCGGAAUGCACCUGCACCUGCGCGUGGUUCUGCCCACACCAGAGGUAAAGAAGGAGGAUUCGAGAUGAGCUGGGUCCCCUCGUCCAACAAAGAUCCUUCAAGAGAUAGAGGGAGCAGAAAAGACGCGAGAAAGGGCGUGGAAGUGUUUGGGGCUGGUAUGGAGCGUGGGGAUGGGGAGAGGACAGCUGUGUUGAGUGAGAGUGAGCGAACUGGGAGGAGUCAGCGGAGGAAAGGGAUGAGGAGUGGGAGUAAGAAUGUGUUUAGGCAUUUAGGGUAGCUUCGAUUCGAGAUGUCACCUUAUGCACUAAAAAAAUCACUCAUAAUCACUCAU